UGUGUAGAGUUCGAGGAAGUGCUCAGAGAGCGGCGCUUGAGCUCUUCCUGCAGUUAAGGAUGAAUGCAUGAACGCAAGAGAAGAAAAUGGCGAUCGAACAGGACAAAUAUUUCCCCUCCUAGACUCUGCAAAUGUGUUGAAUUUCUACAGCCUUAUUGUUUGCUUUCAUUUCAUCUCUACUGCACUUUAAACUAAAAGAGAGAAUUGGAUGCUAUUGCCACCAAAGACAUUGAAGAGAAGCAACACAGGUCAGGAAAUCUUUCGAAACACGGAUGGAGAGUGGACGGCGGAAAGUGUAGAGUUCAUUGGAAUAACGAUAAGGAAGCGGGGGCUACUAUAAAGUGCCAGAACAUAUCAAGUCCAGUUUCAGCCAGCCUCAGUUCUGCCAAUUAGAACUGCAGCACCUCCACUGUAACCUGCACCAUCAGCAAUGCCAAGAGGGCCCCAGCCAGUGGCCAGCCCCAAGCCCUGCCUCGGUACCCGCUCUGUGAAGUUUCGCCGCAUCUUUGUCAGCACAAACAGAAACAGCUGUUGAAGUGUGGGCAUUCCCUCACGUUCCUUGCUUGCCACCCUGGGAACUGAAGUGCAGCUCAACUCUAGCCAGCCAGGGGAGCUUACGACUGAGAGGUCUGUCCUACACUGCGCCCAAAGCCACCUCUCAGGCAUGGCUCCCAUUCGAGAUUCCGUCAGCCACUCCCCUAACCAAACAGGUUUGGAACAUACUGGUCUGGAGCCUCAGUAUGAGAAUUCACCAUGGAGCUCUAGCUCACCUUGUAGUGACUCGAACAGCAACUGGGGAAAAGUUAUUGUAGAUAAGGGACCCUGGCCCUCCAUCACUGGUAGUGACCCAGAGUUAGCCUCAGAAUGUAUGGAUGCUGACUCUGCCUCCAGCUCUGGGUCAGAAAAAAAUCUUAGUAUGAUGGCGUCUAGGAGCACUGGUGGAGACAACAAUGGCAAUAGACAAGGCUCUCAUUUCAUGGUUGCAAAUGGCAGCAAUAAUGUGGGUAAUGGGAGUAUUAAGGGGCCUUGGUGUGUAUCCAAUGGCUCGAUGCGAAGCACAUGUCAAGGCUCCAUUGAGGACCCCAGCAGCAAGCUGGCAGAAAGCAGCCAUGGCAAAAUAAAUGCAUGGGGUACCCAAGGUUCCUCAAACAAUAUAGGUAUAAAUCCAAGCACUUUGAACCCAAAUGCCAACCAUGGUGCCUGGCCCGUUCUUCAGAACACUGGACCCAACCCCCAUGGGCCUGUGGGAAAUGGAAAUGGUGGCACCAACACUCAACAAAGCACCAUAGGUCAAACACCCAGCAUGCAGAGUAUCAACUCUAAGAUGUCCUGGGGAUGCUUGCAGGAAAAUAUGUCUGAAGCUGAAGUCAAUGGUACAAACAAGGUUCCAAGUGGGCAGCCUCAAAACCUUAACACUGAAUUUAAUGGACCAAAUAACACUACUAACACGAUGACCUCUAGUUUACCAAACUCUACAGGUUCAAUGCAGAUAAAUGAACAGCCCCCAGGGCACAGAGCUUGGCCUAUGAGUACAGGGUGUUCCCCUCAGCUCCCUAUUUCUCCAGUCUCUAAUGGCACUUCCAUUUCUCAACAUGGCAACAGUGAGGGAAUUAACAGCAGGUCUUAUGGUACAGCAUGGGGCAUUUCGCCCAGCACUAAUUACUCUGGAGACAAAUGUCCCAUCCCAAAAGGCCAAGCUGUCGGCGACACUGUGAAUGCAACUCUAAUGCAGUCUGGAGCCAACAGCUCAUCUGUGAGUGCUGCUGCUUUAAAGAAUAAUAAUAAUAAUGGGAUGAGCGGUCAUGGAGGAGGUUGGGACUCCGCACCCGCUACCUCACAAAGUAUGUCUUGGGGAGCAGGUAAUGGUGUGGGCCCAGCUGGGAUCCCUCACCCCUGGGGGAGUGCCUCCUCCUCCUCAUCUUCCUCUUCCUCAUCCUCUUCAAACACUGGCACUAAGGUCUCAAAUGGGGAGUGGAACACUUUGCCCAGCAACAGUCAGCAUUCCAGUGAUGGCACGAAUGGAAGCAAGAAGGGAACAAAUGGAUGGAAGUCAUUGGAGGAUGAUGCUCUUGGUAUAGGGAGCUCUGGUCAACCGUCACAAGUCAGCACAUGGAACAAGUCUACAGGCAGUGAAGGAAGUGGAGAGAGCUCAGGAGGUCACAGUGAGAGGGAUGGGCAACGUGGGGACAACCGAAGGAGGGGUAAUCAGCAGGGCAUGAUCAAUGCAGCUGUCUCUAGAAUUGACGUGGACCCCAGGGUGUUGUCCAACACAGGGUGGGGACAAACUCCAGUCCGCCAGAACACUGCAUGGGAUGUUUCAAGCUCUGAUAAAAAGACAGGAAAUGGACAAACAGGCUGGGGUAGUGCUCCCCCUCAGGCAUCUAACUCAGGUGGUUGGGGAGAUGGACCCAGCACCAACAAAAGUAGCAAUUCUUCAGUAUCUGGGUGGUCUGAAUCAAAACCUUCAACUGGCUGGGGAGAAACCAAAGGUCCAGCUGGGCAGAAUGGGUGGGAGGAUGCCCCGUCUGUUACAUUGAGCAAGGGUAGUUCCUCAUGGAAUGGUAGCAAGGAUGAGAAGUCCUCUUGGAAUAGUGCGCCAAAGGCAAAGCAGGGAUGGUGCGGAGAAGGCCCAAAGGGAAACCAUUGGGUGGAGCCCCAGAAGUCUGGUUCAGGUGGCUGGGACAGUGACAGCGACCGCUCUGGAUCAGGCUGGAGUGAGCCUGGGCAGUGUGGGACAAGCAACACCUGGGGAGGCAGUGGAGGCACCAACACUCCUGACCAGAGUGGUCUAACCACAGGAUGGGGAGAGCCACCCAAGACCAACAAUCAAAACCAAACCUGGGGUGAGCCAAUCAAACCCAGUCACUCCAACCCCAACUGGGUUGACAAUUCAAAACCGAACAAGUCUUCAGAGUGGGGCAAGUCCCAAGAUUCCAGCAUGGGAAUGUUCAGGAGUGGGAACAACUCUCAGACUGGAGGCCCUGGUCAGAACAAGCCUACAGGAUGGCUGGGAGGACCAGUGCCUGCUGCUUCCAAAGAAGAAGAAUCCACUGGAUGGGAAGAACCAUCACCUGAAUCCAUCAGGCGUAGAAUGGAGAUCGAUGAUGGUACUUCAGCAUGGGGAGAUCCCACUAAGUAUAAGUGCAGCAACGUAAAUACAUGGAACAACAACACUGCUGGAGAGCAGGAUGGCAUGGCUGUUUCUCAGCCCCCACAGGCCCAAAGCUCUAUGGCUCCAAAAGAAAAGAACUGCAGCUCAGGGUGGGGAGAGCCAUAUGGUGGCCCACAAAAAAUGGAGUCCUCUACCUGGGGUGAGCAUGCUGCUCCACCUGUCACUGUGGACAAUGGCACAUCUGCUUGGGGAAAGCCUGUUAAUACAGGUUCCAGCUGGGAAGAGCCGGGAAGGAAAAUCUCAGGAGGCAGUAGCUGGGGUCACGCUGCUGUAGGACAGCAAUCACAACACAAGUCUGGAUCCAAACCUAUGCAAGAUAACUGGGGUGGAGAGGAGACGUCCAUGACAGGGCACUCCAACUGGGAGGAGGAAAAGGAAUUAGAGAUGGGCAUGUGGAACAACAAUCUAUCACAGGAAAUGAACCAACAUGGAAACUGGUCCUACAAGAAGGUGCCUCCAAAUCUUAACAAAGGACCCAAUAAGCAAGAUGAUACUCAGUGGAUGAAUCCGCUUGUUAAACAGCUCAACAACAUGUACCCUAGGGAUUCCGCUGAAGAUUCCCUGAAGAGCAAUAAGAUGGAUAUGUCUGGAGGAAUGACAGACAAGCGCAUUGAUGUUGACAAGCAUGUUUUUAAUAUCGGAGAGUACGGGAAAAAUACUGCUUCACGCCACCAGAUCCACAAAGACUCUCCUAUAGACCGUAAUUCCUAUAUGGAUAAGAAUGUAAACAUGUACGGUGUCGGUAAUGCAGCAGCACAAGGCCGGAAUGCACAGCAGCCUCCAGCACAAGCUCUGAACUCUGCUCAGCCCAGUCUACGCAACCAAGUGCCUCCUCCACUACUUCCCUCUCAGGUCCCGCCAUCCCUGUUGAAGUACUCUCCCAAUAAUGGUGGUCUGAACCCUCUGUUUGGCCCACAGCAGGUGGCUGUGCUAAACCAGCUGUCCCAGCUCAACCAACUGUCUCAGCUUUCUCAGAUUAAUCAGUUACAGCGUCUCCUUUUGCAGCAAAAAGCGCAAAGCCAGAGACCCAUGCCUGUUAACAGCCGCCAGCAACAGGAACAGGGUCGUGGUCUGGGUCCGUCCCAGCAGAUGAUGCAGAGUUCCCGCCAUCUCGAUCCUUCUUUGAUGAAGCAGCAGACUUCCCCUCAGCCACCCUCACUGCACCAGCCCAGCCUCAAGUCCUGCAUGGAGAACUUCAUGCCCCUCAAUGCCUCUGACCUGCAGAAGGAACAAAGUUCCUUGAGCUCGUUCAGUAAUUUCCCUUUAGGUGGGUGCCCUCCCCAUCUCAAUGUUGGCCAGACAGACUCUUUGUUGCACCAAGCUGCCAAGCCCAACUCGAUGUUUGCCUCUGACAUGUCAGGCUAUCAGUCAGCUGGCAUUAGUCAAAGUCAUAGCCUCCUAGCCCCACCUCUGAGCAAUGGCCACAUGGUGCCAGGCUCUCCCAUCAACCCUCGGGUAGGAAAGAACUUCUGCCCUGACAGCAGCUCUCUGCCAGCAAGAGCUUUGAACUCAAACUUGAAUGUAAGCAACCUUGACAUUGGCAGUGUUGGUUUUAAGGAGCCACAGUCCCGUCUGAAGAAGUGGACUGCCAUGGACAUUUCCGUUAACUCGCCACUUGAUCAAAACCCCAGCAGAUCUGGUGCUAUAACAUCUGGCCUGAGGCUUGAAGACUCGCCCUUUGGUCCAUAUGACUUCAUCAAUGCCGGUAACACUCCCAUCAGUCCUCCUGGCUCUGUGGGAGAUGGCUGGCCCAGCCGUGCCAAAUCACCUCAUGGUUCCACUAAUGUCAACUGGCCACCAGAGUUCCGUCCUGGUGAGCCCUGGAAAGGAUAUCCGAACAUUGAUCCUGAAACUGACCCAUUUGUCACUCCUGGCAGUGUGAUUAAUAAUCUCUCCAUUAAUACAGUGCGGGAUGUUGAUCACCUCAGGGACAGGAACAAUGGGCCAUCCUCAUCACUUAACACCACGCUGCCUUCAAAUAGUGCCUGGACAUCCAUUCGUGCCUCCAACCACAAUAGUUCCCUCAGCAGUACAGCACAAAGCACUUCAGCCAGAAACAGUGACUCCAAAUGGUCUCCUGGCACAGUCACCAACACCUCUUUGGCUCACGAGCUGUGGAAGGUUCCUCUCCCCUCAAAAGGUAUCUCUGCUCCGUCCCGCCCCCCGCCGGGCCUGACUGGCCAGAAACAGCCCUCAUCUUGGGACAACAGUUCUCUGAGACUGGCAGGCUGGGGAAGCUCUGACUCCAGAUUCAACUCUGGUUCCAGCUGGGGUGACAGCAGCUCAGGGAGAACUAAUUGGCUUGUUCUCAAAAACCUCACACCUCAGAUUGAUGGCUCCACCUUGCGAACUCUGUGCAUGCAGCACGGUCCACUGAUCACAUUCCAUCUGAACCUUCCCCAUGGCAAUGCUGUCGUCUGCUACAGCUCUAAGGACGAGGCAGCAAAAGCCCAGAAGUCACUGCACAUGUGUGUAUUAGGGAACACUACUAUUCUUGCAGAGUUUGCUAGUGAAGAGGAAAUUAAUCGUUUCUUUGCACAAGGUCAGUCAAUGACUGCCUCUCCCAACUGGCAGACGCUGAGCUCUUCUCAGAACCGGAUUGGAUCCAUUGAGGGUUCUAACCCCUUCCCAAACCGCACUGAUCCAAAUCAAUGGAACGGCAGUGGAGACCUGCACGGCUCGUCUCUCUGGGGCAUUCCCAAUUACUCCACGAGCCUGUGGGGGAGCCCCAGUGGUGGUGAGGGUGGGGGAAUCAACAGUCCCUCCCCCAUCAGCUCCUUCCUUCCUGUUGACCACCUGACGGGAGGCGGGGAGUCCAUGUAGUGCAUCUUUCACCUUCUGACUUAAAAACAAAACAAAAAAAACAACUAACAUUCAAACCCUUGACCUCAAUGUGGAAAUAGUUAAUCAUAAUCAUAUGACCAUAUAUAUAU